AUGCCCCGUACGCCCUCACAGACCGGACAGCAGCUUAUGAUGUAUGGCGAUGGCGUACUACUCUGCAGAGGUGUAAAUGAACGAGGAGGUUGUAGCCUUGCCACAAUCCCCUCUGUCAAUGUGGCAGUGUUUCAUCUCGUGCUCAUUGUUUGGUCAAAGAAUACUUCGUGCGUCAAAGCACAGCGAGUCCACAACCAGUCGUCCGACUAUCGCGGAGUCGGGCAUCCCGAUGCUGAAGGUGGUAUGGACGGAAUCGUCUCACGCACCACAAUGAUCUUCACGGCUCGGCGAGAAGCAAAUGAGCUCGCUAAGAAUCACCAGGUGACCAACAACCACGUUCACAAGAUGGGAGGAUCAAAAGCUGAACGAGCUGCCUGCAUUAUUGGCAGCGCAGCUGCCAAUCUAGACACCGCGGCCACCGCCCGCGAAAAUCCAAAAAUUUCGCAGAAGUAA